AUGGUGUCGAAGAAUGAGCUGAAGAAACGCCUGAAGAAGCGAGCCAAAAAGGCCGCCGCCGCCGUCGCCGCGGCUCGCAGUAAUACAUCAUCGUCAGCAGCAGCAGCAGGUCAACGACCAGCCGACACACCAUCGUGCAAGCCCGCCAAGGCCGAGGAGCUCAGCAUCGACCCGAAUGCCAUGUACAAUCAAGGCUUCCUAGCUGAUGUCUACAAGCUGCGACCGUUGAAGGAGGUCGUCACGCGGUUCCCGCCUGAACCAAAUGGCUACCUUCAUGUAUAUCUCCACUUUCAGGCCGAUGCGCCGCCGUCAUCAGGCAAGCUAACAUGGAGGUUUAGCUCGGGCACGCUAAGGCUAUUGCAAUAA